UCUUAUCACGAAACGCAAGAAAGAAGGGCAUUCUUCGAAAAAACUAGUACUGGUACUAGUAAAAAUGAUAUCGUUGUUUUCUGCAACAAAUCCCUUGCUGACAUGGUCACCAUCGUCAACCCCAACAAGAAUCAGUUACUCUCAGACACUUCGGCGGUGUUGUACCUCUAGAACUACAAAUGCGUUGUCGUUUCCUUUUCCUUUCUCAUUAACUUGUUCCCGUCUUACACAAAAACCAAAUGCUCAUACCACUACUAAUCUUCAGGUCCAGGGUUCUUCUUCUGAUUCUAAUAAAGAAGAGCAGGAAGAAGAGUAUAAGGUAUUGACAGCAGUGAAAAGUCAGUACAAUGACAUUCUAAUCGUUGACACUCCUAAAACCAGGAUGCUGCUCCUCGACUCCACUCAUAAUGUUCAUAGCCUUCUUUACAAGGAUGGUCAGAAAUGGACUCGUUCAUAUUGGGAUGAAUUUGCUAGUUUGCCAGCUAUUAUUCCACAAGGUCCCGUUGCAAUAUUUGGCCUGGGUGGUGGUACAGCUGCGCAUUUGAUGCUUGAUGUGUGGCCUUCAUUGCAGCUUGAAGGUUGGGAAAUAGAUGAAAUUUUGAUCAAUAAAGCAAGAGAUUAUUUUGGGCUAUCGGAUCUUGAGAAGCAAACUCAAUCUGGUGGCAUGCUUCAUGUUGUUGUUGGUGAUGCCCUAUGUUCCUUGGAAGAUGAUGGUAGAAAAUAUGCUGGCAUUGUCAUUGACCUGUUCUAUGGAGGGAAGGUUUUGCCACAGUUACAAGAGGUAGCAACUUGGUUGGAACUGAAGGGUAGAUUGAUACCUAAUGGUCGUCUUAUGGUGAACUGUGGAGGCAUUGAAGAAUCAGAUGCUAUAAAUGAAAGAAUCAGUACUAAAUCAGUUGAUAAUGCUUGGGUUGAAAAUCCAACCAUCAAGGUUUUGUGUGAAGCAUUUCCUGGACAACUAAGCUGGAAGAGAGUUCCAGAGAGUGAAGGUGCAAAUUAUCUUGCAUUGACGGGACCCUUGCCUGAUUUGACCUCAUGGUCUGCUAUGGUCCCAGACCAUUUGAGUGCAGCUGUUAGCAAAUGGAGGCCUUGCAGCCCUCUGCCAUGAUGGAGAUAUUCUUCUUAGCAGGGUUAUAUUGCAGCCAAACCAGUUUGUUGAGAAACUAUACAGUCAGAUUUGAGUACCUCUCAAUCAGCCAUUCAAAUGAAAGAUCUUAAGCUAACCACGAGUGUACCAUGAUAUUUUUAACACAAUUUUUUGCAUUUUUUCCUUCCUUUCAUCUUGUACUUCUCUUCAAUCAACUAUUCUCUUACAGUCAGGAGAUGUAGUGUCAUCGUGUUUCAUAUUUUGGAGCAUCUUUGGAUGGUUUCUUGAGGAGAUGUUGUGCCCAUUAUCUUUUAUAUCAAACACUAGUUGCCAAUAGAUUUCCGAAAUGGUUGUUCUUUGUUGCCA